UCUAGAAGUUUGCGUCUAUGUCUAAGUAAACAAAUUUCUGUUUGUAAAUCUUGUUGUAUCUUCAACAUCACGACUACAAAAUCAACAAAAUGCCGGCACCUGCUGUUACAACUACGAAUCCCAAUCCUAGUAGUACAGCAACAGCACGUUUUCGAAUUAAAUUUGUCACUAUUUCUGCUCGCGGCGAAGGUGGAAAAGACGAAGUUCAAGAACACAAGUUCAUAGAUCUUCAGCUUUUCCGAGAGUGGGCGCCGGCUUCGUACGAUAGGUUUCUACAGCUAGCUGCUGCCGGUUUUCUGGACGACCAGAGGUUUGUGAGGGCGAUUCCGAAUUUUGUGCUGGAUUGGAACUACGGGCCAACGGCGGGAACAAAAGCAGAUCCGACUUUACGGAGACGACAGCAUAGCCGUCAACGGUGAACUUCCUCCCUUUCUUGCGUAGAAGACGUUAGACGAGAACUCGACAGUGGACAUUCGGUUUUGGAAGUACAACACCGCAAGUAUGUCUGCUUGAUUCAGUCUUGCUUACUACUUACUAUGUAUACAUGUCAAUUAUCUAUAACCAAUUGUGGUUUAUUCUUUCCGAUAAAGCUUCCCUAUCGCUAUCCCCUGUUGUUGUCCUCCUGGCCACUGUCGACGUCCUGUCUCUUUUCAUAGCCCUUCUACGAGCAAGAACUGACUUGGUUCAAACAGGGGGAGGCGAACAAAAAAGCGGGCGGUCAACAACGGAGUAAUGUCGCGGGGACUAUAUGUUUUGGCCAAGAAGAAGAUAAAACCGCCAAAUCUGAACUUUUUAUCUUAAGGCAUCCACCGAGACUGAGAAAGCCUCAUGAGCAUCCCUUUAAAUCAUGACUGUAACCACUGAGAAAGCAUCCGCAUCCCCUUACAUCAUGCGUAAUCCUAAGGGACGACAAUGCGUACCCGCAGCAUCUUCAUCCUUUUUAGACCAAGAACGACCGAGAAAGCAUCCGCAUUCCCUCAGAUCAUGAUCCUUGAGUUUGGCCUUUUUUUCAGAGGAAAAAAGAUAAAGUGUUGAAGAGUAUCAUGGCUCUCAUCAAGGAACAGCAUGUGACGCGGUCGCUCUAAUUAUCAAUCUUGUUGACAAUGAAGAAAAGUUGGACCUUAUUGGUUUCUGGCCUUUUGGUAUAGUGACAGAUUUUGGGAGCAUCAGAAAUGCAGGAGGAGGAGUAGGAGGAGAUGAAGCAAAUCAGAAUCAUCAAGAGGAUACAGUAGUUAAGGCUACAACCGCUGAAGCAUCCUACCUCAGGCUCCCGAGCAUCAUCCCUGGCAGCUCUUUUUGUACUUCAAAAAGAAGCUCCUGCUGCCAAGGGUUGUAAUCAAAUUUCACGACGGAUGCGAACGCGGUGGUACUACUACUAGCAAGCUCUAAAAUAAAAGUUCUUGUAGAUACCACCUCCGCGUCCGCGUCCACGCUCACGCCCACCUCGACCACGACCUCUCCUUCUACUUCUUGCAUCGAUUACACAACGAGCCACUUGACGGAUAAUUGGUGGCCUCCUCUUGUGAUAUUGAACGAACACAGCUCUAGAGGAGAGUUCCGCACAAGCAAGAUGGAAGUCUUGAAUAUUGGAAAAAGUAAGAGCAAGACGUCUAGUGGUUGUGCUGGUUCUUCUGGUAGUGGAGGUGGUGCCAUUUUUAUGAGCUACGUAGUCUAUCGCUCUUAUCUCAUGUGGACUAUACUGAACGUAGUCUAUCACUAUCUCAUGUGGGCCACUAUACUGAGUGGACGAGUCCUCCUUGAUUUAAAGGGGAAACUAAGGGGCAAAAUAAAGGGGAAACCACUCGACUCGAAAUAGUGCAGCUCUACCUCCAACAUUGAUGUCUGUGCUGAAGAUGUGAAGGUGUUGUUGUACAACUGUGGUGAAUUGACUGUGUACUGUGAUGAAUUGAUGAACAACUUGAGUCCAUCUUUUGUAAGCAAUCUACAGCUCGAUCGUGAUGAAUUUGAACAAGAAUCGGACGAAAAAGCUGAAAGAUGAAACUCCUUGCAACCGUCUAAAACGUCGACUUCGGCUGCCGGACCUAAGAAAGAGCACAAGACUCUGAUGAAGAAGUACGUACAAUUAUGGCUACUUCUGUAUCACUAUCCCAUGUCUGUGGAGUAUUUAGAUGCUGAGUGGAGUCCCCCUUGACUUCAUGGUGAAACAAAGGCGGACGCAGGACAUACAGCUCAAUCUCAACCUUGGAUAGUGAAAAACUAGCACUAAUAUAAGGGCUAGAGACGAUGGUCCAAACCUUGCAGAAGAGCGUGGAGAGUAAAUAUAGCGAUAUUUUCUUCACCGGAGGUGCGAAUAUGCAAAAAUUAUGGUCAGGAGUUGUUUUUCAUGGUCACCAUAGAUAGUGUGUAGGUGUACUCCAAUGCGUGUGGUGUACAACUCUGGAGUAGUUUUACUCUGGAGUCGUGUUCAUCCUAUUCAUUCCAAUGAGUCACUUCCGUGAUAGUAAUCAAUAAGAAGGAUGUUGGAUGGCAUGGAUUGCAUGGCAUGGCAUGCAUUGCAUGAGCCGAGGGGGUCAGUAUACGACCUCCUGAAGGGAGCAACACGGGGGCGAAGACUCAGGGCGCGCCAUAGGGGGGCCACCGCGUUGCUGUCUGUUUUGCUUCUUGCGUUUGUCUUUGCGCAGCCUGCCUUGCCUUCCUCAUCUUCAGCCACCCCCUUCUCAGCGCGGCUGGAGCAUGCAGAGCGCCUGGCGCCUGUCCGCGCUCGUUGUAGGAGUACCUGGGUGGUGCUCCUGGGAGGUGCUAGCUAUUGUAAGUAGCUCGACUAGGCUAGCUUGCCUGGGAUCUCGACCGUCUUGCUCACUGUUCCCUGGCGCACACAGGCCACGGCGUUCGCGCUGCUCCUUGCUUGUGUCUGGGGCGGGGUCGCAGUCAGUGUGGCUGUGGGCUGUGUUUGUGUUCGUGUUCGUGUAUCGUAAAGCAAUUCUUCGGCGGGGCAGCCCGGUACUGCGGAGGAAGUAUGGCGCCCGAAGGGCGCCGCGAAAAAUUUAUUUUUUUUGGGGUGGUCCAUCCAUGCCAUGCAUGCCAUCCAUGCAAUGCAAUCCAGAAGUUCAGAAGUUGCUUUUUAUUCUACAAUAGGAGUAGUUCAAGCAACAGGCACGAGGUGAAGAGAUCGCCACCACUCAGGGAAGAUAACUCACAUAACCAAGGAAGCUGAUGCAGAUGGCGAACAAGUAACUCAUCUAAGUAAAGCGUUGAUUCGGCAAAAAGUUAUGAUUGCUGGAGGCAACGACUACAUCGACAAGGCUUUUCCCGGUUUGUCUCGCAUAACGAAAUGCGAACGACUCGACGUUGAAAACGUGUUGGGUUGAUUACACUUCUUUUUGAAGUUUCUUUUCCUUUUCGGUUCUCUUCCCUGAAUCGUUAUAUGGAAGAUGAGAAGCUAGAUCUAGAACUACAGCGAAAAAUCAUGUACGCGUAGUAACUCAAAUUGUCGUUCUUCUUAUUUUUGCCAGGAAAGAACAACCUUCCAUUGCCCAAGCGGACCGCCAAAUAAUAGAAGUACAAUCCUGUCUCUGUUAUAGUAGAUCAUACCUUAUUCCAGGCUGGAAUAAUAUCUAGUAGGACUAGCAAAUUGCAAAUGGGGAGCACUUCUGAACUGUGCCACGUAGACUCAUUUUUAAAUGAUGCGUGUGCAGCAGCUAGAAGCCCUAAUGUAAUUGACUAAUCUUAUUUUGUAUGGUAUUAGGCUGCUCCUGUAGAAGAGAGCAAGGGACAGACCAUUAUGGAGUCGUUCAGCGUAUGGAGGUCAUGUUCAUUUUGAACUCGAACAAGAAAGGAACAAACUCAUAAAAUAUGGCAGUCUAACACUAACUAUGAUGUACUGAUUGAUUCCCCAUCUGGUAUUUGAACAGGUGAAAGUCGUGCUGUUCCAGGGAAACACUUAUUGAAGAAAGAGCACAGCGACGCGGCAGUAUGAUUAGGACAGCAGGG